GCACUCCGCUCUGCCUGUGGGUCGCAGGGAGUAUUUGGUCUGGAAGUUCCCAUGAUUCAGUCCAGCCAAGGAGAGUCGUCAUUUCUCACAACAUGGAUAAAGCACUGAAAGAAGUGUUUGACUACAGCUAUAGAGAUUACAUCCUGUCCUGGUAUGGGCAACUCAGCAGAGAUGAAGGACAGCUGUACCAGCUGCUAUCUGAAGACUUCUGGGAGAUUGCCAAGCAGCUGCGACAGAGGCUGAGUCACAUUGAUGUAGUUAAAGUUGUCUGCAAUGAUGUAGUGAAAACUUUACUCUCGCACUUCUGUGACCUUAAAGGAGCCAAUGCCAGACAAGAAGAUAUUCUCUCUCUUUCCCCCCCCCCCCCUUCUUUUUUGCUGCACCCAUGCUUGAGGAGCUCUGAUGAAGAAGUAAGAUUCCUGCAAAAAUGUUCUCAAAUUCUGGUGUAUUGUCUCCUACCCUCAAAGGAUGUCCAGUCUGUCAGCUUGCGCAUAGUCCUUGCAGAAAUACUUGCAACAAAAGUAUUGAAACCAGUGGUGGAACUGCUGAGUGAUCCAGAUUAUAUUAACCGAACGCUACUCAGCCAGCUGGAGUACAGAGAACAGAUGAAUGAGCAUCAGAAGAAAGACUACACAUAUGCUCCUUCUUAUGAGGAGUUCAUCAAGCUCAUUAACAGCAGCUCCGAUGUUGAGUUCCUGAAACAACUGAGGUAUCAGAUUGUAGUGGAAAUAGUUCAGGCAACCACAAUCAGCAAUAUUCCCCAAGUGAAGAGGCAGAAAGAUUCAAAAGGAAAAGAAACUGCAGCGAUGAAAGCUGACUUACUGAGGGCUCGCAAUGUGAAGAGAUAUAUUAAUCAGCUGACAGUGGCAAAGAAGCAAUGUGAGAAGAGAAUAAAGCUCCUGGGAGGGCCUGCUUAUGAUCAGCAGGAAGAUGGCAUUUCUGAUGAAGGUGAUGGCCCUCAGAGUCAAAAGAUUCUUCAGUUUGAAGAAAUUUUGGCCAACCCUUCAUAUCGAGAGCAAUUCCGAAUCUACAUGGAAAGGAUGGACAAAAUGGCUUUGAUUGGUCUUUGGGAGUCUGUGGAGUAUCUGAAGAAUGCUAACAAGGCUGAAAUACCUCAACUGGUGAGUGAAAUUUAUCAGAAUUUUUUUGUGGAAAACAGAGAAAUACCUGUGGAAAAAUCCCUUUAUAAAGAAAUACAACAGAGUCUCGUGGGAAAUAAAGGAAUUGAAGUAUUCUACAGAAUUCAGGCAGAUGUUUACGAAACUCUGAAGGACAGAUACUACCCCUCAUUCAUUGUCAGUGAUUUAUACGAGAGAUCAGUCAAGAAGGAAGAUGAAAGAAGUUGUGCUCAGCUAACUUCUGAGGACAAAGAUGAAGUGAGCCAAGGUUGUGAAGAAGCUACUGAAGAAUGCAGCACAAGAAUUAAUGAACAGGCCAGUUAUGCUGUAAAUAAACUUCGCCAGCUAAAUGACAAGCUUGAGUAUAAGAAACAAGCUCUAAAUUCCUUAUGUAAUUCACCAAAACCUGACAAAAAGAUUGUUUCUAAGCUGAAGGAUGAAAUUACUCUGAUGGAGAGAGAGCACAAUGACCUUCAGCUGCACAUUGCAAGAACAGACUGGUGGUGUGAGAAUCUUGGCAUGUGGAGAGCCUUCAUUGUCUCAGGCGAGGUUUUAGAAGAGAAUGGAGAACAAGUGCCCUGUUACUCUGUCAUGGUGAGUUUACAAGAAGUUGGUGGGGCUGAAACUAAGAACUGGACUGUUCCCAGGAAACUCAGUGAGUUUCAGAACCUACACCGGAAACUCAGUGAGUGUUUUCCAUCAUUAAAGAAAGUUCAGUUGCCUUCUCUCAGCAAGCUGCCCUUCAAAUCCAUAGACCAGAAAUUCAUGGAGAAAUCCAAGAACCAGCUUAAUAACUUUCUGCAGAAAUUGCUCUCUGAUGAAAGACUCUGCCAGAGUGAAGCACUUUACGCCUUCUUGAGCCCUUCCCCAGAGCACCUCAAAGUUAUUGAUGUGCAAGGAAAGAAGUCCUCUUUUUCUCUCUCCUCAUUUCUAGAACGACUUCCUGGUGAUUUGUUUUCUCAUCAGGAGGAAGAAACAGAAGAGGACAGUGACCUGUCGGACUCUGGAGAGGAGGUGGAUGGGAAAAGGGACUCUCUUGCUGAACCAUGUUUCAUGUUGAUUGGAGAGAUUUUUGAGCUGCGAGGAAUGUUCAAGUGGGUUAGAAAAACUUUAAUUGCACUAGUACAAGUCACUUUUGGAAGAACUAUCAACAAGCAAAUCCGUGACACUGUACACUGGAUGUUCAGUGAACCAAUGCUUGUUUACUAUAUUGGUGUGUUUCGAGAUGCUUUUUGGCCAAAUGGAAAGUUAGCACCACCACCGAGAGCUAAGAGCGAUGAACAAAAGCAAGAGACAAAACAGAGAGCACAGCAGAAACUACUUGAAAACAUUCCAGAUGCUCUGCAGAGUCUCGUUGGACAACAAAAUGCCCGUCAUGGUGUAGUGAAAGUGUUCAAUGCCUUGCAAGAAAGAAAGGCUAACAAGCAUCUACUCUAUGUUUUGCUGGAACUGCUGCUAACUGAAGUGUGUCCUGAGCUAAGAGCUCAUUUAGAGCAGCUUAAUGCCACUUAGGUUUGAAUCUGCACAAUUGGACCACUAGCGAAAUGUCUAUGUCCAAUAAUAGACAUGAAACUUAUUUUCCUCUUUUCCAUAGAGGGCUGAGGACUAUGAUUAUUUUUAGCAUUUUUCUUUCCUCUUGAGUUUUUUGUGAAGUAAACAGACUUGAAAAGAUCUGAUGCUGUAGUAGGGUAGACAAAACAAUGCUGUAUAGUUGCCAAUUUUUAUUUAAAUUGUUCUAUUUGACUACUCUUCUGUUUCAGAUAUAGAUUGAAAAAUAAAUGUUCAUAUAAGCUGAAAGAAACCAGAAAAUAUUUUAAACAUUUAUGAAAAGAAAUUUUGCUUAUAGUGGUAAACUAAUGAAUGUUGUACAGAUCUAAUCUCCUCACUGAGGAUUUGAGCAUUCCUUUUUUCUUGUGUAUUGAAAAAGCCUUGUUGUGCAAUACUACAUGUAAAGCUAUUGUGAAAAUUUUAUCAAUUUUGUUUUUACCAAAGACUUCCUGUAGUUUGAAGCAUUUGUAAGCAAUAAAUAACACAACUGGAUUGCAGUACAUGGUAACGAGGCUGUACUGACAACUAAUGAAUGAGUUUGACAGCACUAGUUUCAUAAGGAAUAUUUACAUUACUUUGAAGUCUGUGUCAAAAAUGUGUUGUAAACUGGUAUGUCCUAACAGAAUGCCUGUGUUAAAUGUUAGUUCAGAGAUUAGUGCUUAUGAAUUGCUUCUAUGAAUGAUUAAGUAGACAAUUAAACCAUUCUAAUAACUUCCCUGAUAUUACUCAGGGCUCUUUUAUUCAAGUACCCCAAUUUCCAACAACCUUCAAAUCUUUCCCUUAUUUUGUACAAGGAAGGAAAACUAUGUCUUCAGUGUUUUUUUAAUUUAUGUAAAAAUAUGUAAAUAUGGUCUUAAUGCACAUCUAAAUAAUUAAACAUCAUCAAAAAUCCCUAGGUGACACUCAUUACUUUCUUUUAAAUUCACUACAGUUGUGCUCUUAGAAAAGCUGCUUGCAGUUAAGACUGGCUAUAUUGUAAAGUACAUAAAAUCCAUAUGCUACAUUUAAAUCAAUGUUUUUAGUAACUUCUAGCCUUCUGUUCCAAGAGUUUCAAUAAAGUUUUCAAGUCACAGCACAGUCCUAAGAAGCAAGCCACAUUCUGUAUGUACAGUUUGACAACCGAAUAGGUAUUUAGAUGUGUGCAAGCUUACCAUAGCAAUUGGUAAAAUUUACUAGUGGUUAAUCAAAGGAUCUUUUAAUAAAAGAUUGAGCAUAACAUUGCUUAGGCAUAUGCACUCUGAGCCAAGAGGUUUUUGACCAUUUCUAGUAUGAACAGAGGCAGCGUAAGUGCAGUAUGAAGGAUUGAGAACAGGUGCCGUGCAGAGAACAUAUAUAUUGAAUGUUUUCAUACUAAAGUCUUUUUUCCUCGUAGUUCUGUAAGUAGUAUUUUCUAGUUUUAGACAUUGACGUGGUUUGUACUAUAUAGCUUAGUGUCAUACAGGCCAAUUUCCAACUUUGAAUCUUUUCAGUUCAAGAGUAAAAUGUGUUAAAACAUGUCAGUAGAUCUAGAUGCAUUAGAAAAACACACAAAAGAAAGUACAUGCACCACUAAAGUAAGAUUUAAAAAUGGUCAUGCCCUGUGAAUGGGUUGUAUGUGAAAACUAGACAAGUUUGGGCCCAAGCUUUUUCGACUAUUAAAAUGUAAUGUUUAAAUACUAAAAAUGCAGGAAAAGAAACAACCAUUUUAAUUUGGUUUUGGUUUGAUUCAUGUGCUAUAUAGCAGUAUGACAUGAAGACACAGGACAUCUGUCCCAGUAAAAUAUCCUUAAUAAACCUUAAGCCUUCAAUACCAUUUUAAAAAGUCUGCCUUUGCUUCAUCUCAGUUAAAGAAUGAGUGUGAGCUUUUUGCUUUUUUUUUUUUUU